UUUGUGGUCAGUGGGGCGUAAUGGGAGUGUGACCUCACAGAGAGCUUAUAAACAGGUGAACAGGGGUUUUGCUCUCUUUUGCGCACUCUAACUCCUCUCUCUCCUAUCACCAGCAUGUGGCUCCUGCUCUUCUACUUAGUACCAGCUGUACAAGCGCAGAACCGGAUAGCUUUGCGGGGACCGGGCGGCCCAUGCCAGGGUCGUUUGGAGGUGCACAAUGCUGGCAACUGGGGCUUGGUGUGCUAUCAUGGUUGGAACAGUAAAAAUGGUGAGGUAGUGUGCAGAUCUCUGGGCUGUGGCCAACAUGUUGAAUCUGGCCAUAACAAAGACAGCUACAAACAUCCUCCAGUACCGACAAAAUUUUGGAUGGAUGAGGUAAAAUGCAGCGGAACAGAGAGCAACCUGUGGGACUGCAAGAAACCCAGGGUCACCCAUUGCGAAGCGGACAACUACGUAACAGUGAACUGCUCAGGGUCUGUGAAGCUGAGUUUGAACAUGAAUGGAAAAAUGGAUGAGUGCGCUGGGGUCGUCCAGUUCAAAACACCAGAAGGCAAGGUUAGCGUGUGCAACGAUAAAUGGAAUAAAGACAAAGCAGAUAUGGUGUGCAAAGAGCUUAAGUGUGGAAAACAUCACAAGAUCCCCCAGUCCGGAACCUUCCACAGAGAAGAUCAAAUCUCAUACAAUGUACCUCUCCACUGCAUUGGCAACGAAAAGUUCUCCUGGCAGUGUGUAAACUGGGUUGAAGCAAAAUCAAGCAAGUGCAGCCAAGAGGCCAGCGUCAUCUGCUCAAAUUACAAAGUUAUGCGACUGAGAGGUGACAAUGGAGAUGUUUGUAAUGGGACCCUGCAGCAGAAGGACAGCAUUGAGAAUAGCAAUUGGGUUCCUGUUCCAUAUCCUAAAGGAGGCUACAGCAUAGCUGAAGCUGAUGACAUAUGCUCUAAGCUGAACUGUGGUAAAUCCAGCAGCGUGGAACAAUGUAAGGGACCUGAGAUUUGCCUCACAUGUACAGACCUUGUUAAAGUGGAGCUGGAGAACGGUUGUUAUGGGAGUAUCUAUGUGGUCCUGAACGAGACCCGCCAUUCUGUGUGCUCUGACGGAAUGAGUGAGGAGGCGCAGCAGAGGAUGGGGGAGGUGGUGUGCCAGCAGCUGAACUGUGGGAAACUGCUCACCGUCUCUCAGGGGUCUAAAGUGCAGAACGGGCUGCUGAGGCAGGUGGACUGCAGUGGACAGGAGGACUCACUGUGGGACUGUUUAGCCAGAUAUGGGCCCAGUCAGUCCUGCCAGAGCACUGCCAGAGUCUCAUGUGCAGCGUUUGAGAGCGUGACUCUGCAGGAUGGUUUGGGCAAAUGCUCAGGACGACUGCAGGUGAAGUUUGAGGGUUCGGAGUGGAGUGUGAAUGCUACGGAAUGGACAAAGAAAAACUCAGAUGUGGUGUGUGAACAGCUCAAGUGUGGAAAGUCGCAUAAAACUCAAGAAAAUCUUUUUGUCGGAGGCAUUCACAAUCAACUAGAGUGGAAUCUGAACUGCAGUGAUGGCGUCUCCAAACUGUCACAGUGCACCUGGACUCAGAGGAAGGAUUCUAGAAAAAUGAACGUCAAUAUCAUCUGUGAAAAAGAGAAGCUCUGGUUCCUGCAAGGUGCCUCGUCGUGUGAGGGGGAAGUGAAAGUGGAAUCUGCUGGAAAAAGUCAGUUUAUAAAAGCGAACGAAAUGACCACAGACGUCUGCGAGUGGCUGCACUGUGGGACUGUUAACUGCUCUGCUACUUCAGCGUCACACGCCAGCUGCUCCAGAGGGAAUGCAGCCACACAGAACACCACCACCAUUGCCCAUGUGAGCUGCUUAGGUUCUGUGGAGGUGAAGUUGGAGAACCAGAAUAAUGAGAAGUGCUGGGGGAAGGUGAAGGUGUGCAUGAAUGGCAGGUGUGACGGAGUGUGCAACGACACCUGGACAGAAAAUCUGUCCGACAUGCUGUGUGAAAACCAGGGCUGUGGUGAAGCGUUCAGCAAGGAGUACCUCGGAAGCACUGAACAGGGACUGACCAUUGGCAGCGUCCACUGUUCUCAGGAGACACGUAAACUCAGCCAGUGCUACUUUGCUCUCAUGAGUAACCAGUCCACCUGCCAAACUCCAGUCCAUGUUUCCUGCACAGGGAGUGUGAAAGCCAAGCUUAACGACCCCAGAGAUAAAUGUGCUGGAAGACUUGAGCUGUUUUACCUUGGAAAGUGGCAACCAGUGUGUGCAGAAGGUGUCAGUCAGGAAACUCAGACCACCAUCUGCAGAAGCUUGGGCUGUGGAGACGCUGUCUACUUCACCAAAUAUGAAGCCUCUAAAGCUAAGGGACUCUCAGGCAUCACCUGUGCAACAAACCUUUCCACAUGUGAUUUCAGCAAAACUAAGAUCCAGGAAUGUUUUACUGGCCAUCUCAACUGUUCAGGCUGGAGAAGGCUGCUCCUCACCGACCCUGACAAUGCAUGUGCAGGUAAGGUCUAUGCCCGGGAUCAAAGCGGCCUGAUUAAAGUAAGCAGAGAAGGUUGGGGGCCAGACAAAGGAGAUGAGCUGUGUAAAUAUCUGAAGUGCGGGAGGUUCAGUAAUUACAGUGAAAAUAACCAGCUGAAUGAGGAACGUAAUAGAACCUACAACUGCCGCGGGACACCGAAGAACAUCUUGGACUGUGAGGUUGACAAUAAGCCUGCACAGCUCAAGCAUCUCAGCGUCAAAUGUGAUGGAAACCCUGAAGUAAAUCUUCUGGGGAACUGUACGGGCGAGGUGAGGAUCAACCAGAAGGAACGUAUGUGUGGGAUUUCACAGAACACAGAUCGUGUCCUCAGUGAGUUGUGUCAUCACCUGAACUGCAGACAUCUCAUCACCUCCUGGUCCACUAAAGCCAAGGGAGAGGCGCAAUACUUCAGCUGCUUGGGCCAUGAGAACAGACUGUGGCAGUGCAAUUCCUGGAAAGACAGCUGUGGCAGCGUCAUCUCGGUAGCCUGCGCAAACAGCAUUGAAUUCAACUUCACUGGGAAAUGUGGAGGUGAGCUUCAAGUGCGCUACCGCGGAAACUGGGAACCAGUGUGUCUCAGCAGCAUUGAAGAUGCUAAUGUGAUAUGCAGAAACCAGAAUUGUGGAAAUGCCAGAAGAUAUGAGAAUUCAGACUCAAGAGAACGAGUACAGACGUCAUUUAAAUGUGAAAAAGGAGAGACUGAUCCAAAGUCCUGCGUCAAAUAUGAAUCCUGCCAGGAAGGAAAAGCUACAAUCUACUGUGAAAGUAAGUGCAAAUAUCAGAGAAAAGCUGUGGUUCUCUGACAAUGCGGACUUUGUAUUAAACUAUUAAUGUCCAGGAGCGACA